GCGCCCCCCGCGCCGGGUCCCCCCCUCCGCGCCCGCCCCGCGGGCCGAGCGGCCGGCCGGGCCCGCCCCCGGCGCCCACCAUGUACGCCUUUGUGCGGUUCCUGGAGGACAACGUCUGCUACGCGCUGCCCGUGUCGUGCGUGCGCGACUUCAGCCCCCGCUCGCGGCUGGAUUUUGACAACCAGAAGGUGUACGCCGUGUACCGGGGCCCGGAGGAGCUGGGCGCCGGGCCCGAGAGCCCCCCGCGCGCCCCCCGAGACUGGGGCGCACUGCUGCUCCACAAGGCCCAGAUCCUGGCGCUGGCAGAAGACAAAUCUGACCUUGAAAACAGUGUGAUGCAGAAGAAAAUAAAAAUCCCCAAACUUUCUCUGAAUCACGUAGAAGAAGAUGGGGAGGUUAAAGAUUAUGGGGAAGAAGAUAUACAGCUUAGACACAUCAAGAGACCCGAGGGCCGGAAGCCGAGCGAAGUGGCACACAAGAGCAUUGAGGCGGUGGUGGCCCGGCUGGAGAAGCAGAACGGCCUGAGCCUGGGCCGCAGCACGUGUCCGGAAGAGGUCUUCGUGGAGGCCUCGCCGGGCCCCGAGGACAUGGACAGUCUGGAGGAGGCCGCCGUGCCCCGGGCUCUGUAUGAGGAGCUGCUGCGCAACUACCAGCAGCAGCAGGAGGAGAUGCGCCACCUCCAGCAGGAGCUGGAGCGGACUCGGAGGCAGCUGGUUCAGCAGGCCAAGAAGCUCAAGGAGUACGGGGCGCUCGUGUCCGAGAUGAAGGAGCUCCGCGACCUCAACCGGAGGCUGCAGGACGUGCUGCUCCUGAGGCUGGGCAGUGACAACCUUCGAGAGGGAGCAGAGAAGAAGGUGGUGUUCAUUACAGGACGCGUCCACCCAGGGGAAACACCCUCUUCAUUUGUGUGUCAAGGGAUCAUCGACUUCCUCAUAAGCCAGCACCCUAUUGCUCGCGUCCUGCGGGAACACCUGGUCUUCAAGAUUGCACCCAUGCUCAAUCCUGAUGGCGUCUACCUGGGCAAUUACAGGUGCUCUCUGAUGGGGUUUGACCUGAACCGUCACUGGCUGGAUCCCUCUCCGUGGGCCCACCCUACCCUGCAUGGGGUGAAGCAGCUCAUCAUCCAGAUGUACAACGACCCAAAAACGAGCCUGGAGUUUUAUAUCGACAUCCACGCCCACUCCACCAUGACAAACGGCUUCAUGUACGGCAACAUCUUUGAGGAUGAGGAGCGCUUCCAGAGGCAGGCCGUCUUCCCCAAGCUCCUCUGCCAGAAUGCCGAGGACUUCUCCUACUCCAGCACCUCCUUCAACCGGGAUGCCGUGAAAGCGGGAACUGGCCGUCGCUUCCUCGGUGGGCUGCUGGACCACACCUCCUACUGCUACACAUUGGAGGUUUCCUUCUACAGCUACAUCCUCGGUGGCACCACGGAUGCUGUGCCCUACACGGAGGAAGCCUAUAUGAAGCUGGGGCGGAACGUGGCAAGAACGUUUUUGGAUUAUUACCGGCUGAACCCAAUGGUCGAGAAAGUGGCAAUCCCUAUGCCAAGGCUGCGGAAAGAAAAACCCCCUCCCUACAAGCACCUACUCCUGCGGGGCCCGGCCAACAACUCCCCCAACAGCAAAGGAAACAAGAAGAGUUCAGUGACCCACAAAGACCCUUCAAACUCUUUUUAAGGAUACAGAGUCUGGGGAGGUCUUGUGGUGGCAGGGGCAUGCAUUUUCUGGUGGGGCAUGCAAUUAAUCAUCUUUUUCUAGUUUCCAAAAUAAGGGCUGAGAUCAUGAAUGAGCUAGUGAAAGGGAAGGGUAAGAAUGGGAAAUCUCACCAUCGAUUUUCCCUUUUACCAAUGGAAAAUCAAUCAUGAGCCUUCAGCUUAAGGCUUGGGAACCAAAUGGGAAACUCAAACCAGAUGAGUGCAGAUGCUAUUUCCUACAACACAGAGACCCUCGCAGGAAAAGAAAGCCCACACAUCCCUUUUGAGAGGUAAAUACUUCUCAGGUCAGUGAUUUCCAUCCCUUUACUGCUCUAAGUUGUGCAGUUACUACAGGUGGUUACCUUUUAGAAUUGGCUACGGUUGUUCAUAGUUUUAGAAAAGCAGUGUCUAUAUUUGCUGGCCCCAAACAAUAGCAACCACACUUACAACCCAAAGACACUGUUGGGAGCAAUGGGAGCUAAUUUCUGAGAUCACAGUGGACUUAAACCCCCAAUCACUUUAUCCAUGAGCUGCAUGCUUCCUGACUCCCCCAAACCCCAGUCUAUGCAACUUCAGAAAACUGCUCUGAGAGCUAUUUCCCAAUGACCUGGGUAGUUUAAAAGGAAACAGUUCCUAAAACAAAGGGUAUUAGCCGUACAUUCCAAAAGGUCUGUCAUGGUUAAGAUCUCUAGAUCCUGGUGUCAGAGAUCAAACCCGACCACUGAAGAGGCGGGCGUGAAAGAUCCACAGUGGGAGGAGGCGGCCGACUGCCAGAUACAGGAGAUGCCGAAGACAAAAGGAUGCACUCUGAGGCUGGUGGGGAUGAUGAAACAGCAUCAGUGCCAAAUCCCAAGGCGGGGCCAGCUCAAUAUUGUGCAUUUUUCUACAGAGUAAAGUGCCUUUGCAUGAUGAAUGGGUCCAGGGGAGUCAGCUCCCUUCCUGUCUGUGAAGCAGCAGGCUGAGUCACCAUGACAGCCUGCUAAUUAAAAUGACCUCCCCGAAAUGAGGAUUAGGAGAUGGAGAGAGGAAGGGAGGCUCGAGGGAGAUAGGCCCUCUAGCACAAAGCUUCAGUUUAGCAUUCUUUUGCUUUGCACUGGAGAUUUUCAAAGUUUCUUGCAAAAAUUGAGAGCAAAGCUCAUUCUCCCUUUGCUUAUUGGUUUUAAGAAAUUUUAACAAAGAACCAUAUGUGAGUUGGCUACAAAUGUUGUGUUGUAUAUACAGCUUCUCCUCUGG